GCUCAAAAAAAAAAGAUUCAAUUCAGAAUGAUGAAAUAGAAGUUGAAACUGUUUUGAAUACUUUAAAUUCACCUAAUUCGGAUUUGUCUAAUUCAGAUUUACCUACAUUUACCUCAGAUUUGUCUACUUCGGAUUUAUCUAUUUCAUCCUUACCUAUUUCAGUUUUUUCUAUUAGAGAUAAAACAUCUAUUAAUCGUCAAUUGCUUAGAGCAAUUAUUUUAUCUAAUAUACCAUUAUCAUUCGUAGAAGACCUUGAAGUAAUUAAGUUGUUCAAUAUGUUAAAACCCAGAUAUCAGCUUCCAUCUCGCAAAUGGAUUAGUACUAAUAUUUUAGAUAAUGUAUAUAAGAAUGUGCAACAUGGUGUUCAACAAUUUAUAUCUGAUUCAAAAUUUUUGACACUUUCUGGUGAUGGGUGGACUAAUAUAUCAAAAAAUAGUAUGCUCAAUUUUAUCGUAACAAAUGAAAAACAUGAAAGUCAAAUUUUGAAAAUAGAAAAUUGUUCUAAUCAAUGUCAUACUGGAGAUUAUAUAUUUGCAAUAUAUAAAGAAAUCGAAAUAAGCCUUGGAGAUAAAUGGAUUGCAUUUAUUUCAGAUAGUGGAUCUGAUUUCAAAAAAGCACAAUGUCUUAUAUGUGAGACAAAACUAGAAUUAUUUUAUGAGUUAUUAAAACCAUAUGAUUAUAUCAUAAAAAUUCUAGAAACUGAAAAUGCUACAUUAGGUCAAAUCGCUGCAUCAUGGGCAUGGCUUCGUGAAACUAUUAACAAAAGCUUACUUAUUAAUGACAAUGAUUUUCAAGAUUUUUUAAUUAUGGAAAUUGAUAAUCGUUGGGAAAAAAUAUUUAAUCCUAUUUACUUAAUUACAUGGUUUCUACACCCAUAUCAUCAUGGAGAAGGAUUAAAUCCAACUUGGCACUUAUAUAUUCAGGAAACUGCAUAUGAGUUAUUUUGUCCAUUUUCUGCAUUGUCAGUCAAAAAUCCAAGCUUUACAAGAUUACCAUUACGAUAUUGGCGUACUAUGCAUUAUGUAGCUCCAAAUUUGAGUAAAUUUGCAUGUCGCCUUUUAUCAAUCCCACCUAAUUCUGCAACCUCUGAAUGGGUUUGGUCCUUAUUAGAUAAUAUAUAUACAGAACGUCGUAAUUGGUUGUCUCCACCCCAGACUGCAAAAAUGGCACAGAUCUCUUGUAUUUCAGAUGAUGAUAAUGAUCAUAGUGUAAAUGAAUUUAUGGUUAAUUUAAACCAAAUAUCCGAAACUUUAAUAGAUGAUAUUCAUGUAUUUGAUACAAAUUGUGAAGAAACGAUUCCAAAACUUGUUGAUGUUUUUGAUUCAAAAAUUGUUAAAAAAUCCUUGAAUCAAUUGUAUAUAUAA